UUAUGCUUCCCAAGGUUAUAAAUUAUAAUAAUAGAAGUCUGUGGACAAAUUCUAAGCCAGUGCUGGGUACUAUUGGACAGAACUGAUGUUAAAUUUAAUCAUGAUCAUUAUUUAAUGUGGUAAUACUUAAGCAACCAUGAAUUAUCCAGCUUAUUUACAAAAUUAUGUCACUAAAGUUAAUAAUGACAUAGUUGAAUAUUUGGCUGUUGAAGAUGUAGAAGAAUUAAAUCAUGAGACAACUCCUAUAAAAGCUUAAACACCAAAUCAGAAAUCCCAAAUCUAAUCCCAAAAACAAAUACAAGGAUGA